UUCAAAACACAGCAGAGGGCAAUAAAUGUUGUGAGGAAUCAUUUGAGUGUCCCGUUUCAAUCUGUAUCUUCCCCGGUGACGUAUUCAUGGAUGAACAGAAACGUAAGCGGCGUGAUCGUGAAAGGUGAUCGGCGGUGAUCGAUUCUGCCCAGGCCCGGUUUCAGCUCCGCCGAGCCUGCAGUUUAUUUUAAAGAAGAGAGCAAAGACACGGACACCAUCAUGAAUGAGGUGGAUUAUCUCCAUCAGCUGAAUGCCGACAGUCUGGCUGAGGAGAAGCCCGAGAUUAAACGGCAGCAGGAUGCUGAAACGAGCCAAAGCGCCGUGUUACCUGAAGAUGUCCGGCAGCUGCUGGUGAUUAAAGAAGUUCCUCAAGAUUGGAGCCCCAGGCGGGACCUGCAAGCCGCCGAGUUCCUCCACAUAAAGCAGGAGCAGGAGGAACCCUGGAGCAGUGAGGAGGGACAGCAGAUCAAUAGGUUGGAGGAGGCAGAUCUCAGCAGGUUACCGUUCACUAUUGUUACUGUGAAGACUGAAGAUGAUGACGAUGAAGAGAAGCCUCAGUGCUCAUAUCGUCAUCAAAGCCAAACAGAAGAAUCCACACAGACAGAGCCGCCUAUCGGCUGCUUAGCUAAACAGAUCAAGACGGAAAUUGAGGAAGAUGCAUAUGGACGACUGGAAUCAGUCUGGAGCCCAGAUCUAAAUUGUCAUUUAUUAGUAAAUAAUAAGAAAAAGACUUUAGACUCUUCCGAGACUGAAGUCAGUUAUGAAGAUGAGGAGGAGGAGGAGGAGGAUGUUUGGCAGGAACCUCUGUCAGAUUCUGGACCUGAAACUGAAGUGGGUGGUAUAGCGUGGAAGGAGAGUGUUGCAACUGAGCCUCAGUUUGUCAGUGAUGUUUGCGUUAAAACAUUUACACAACCGGAAUCUCAGAAGCGACAACGCCGAGGAGAGAAAUCACUGGCUUGUGCUGUUUGCGGUAAAACCUUCAGCUGCAAUACACAUCUUAAGAGACACAUGACCGUCCACACGGGAGAGAAACCCUUUAGCUGUGAAGCUUGUGGAAAAAGAUUUGGACUUGAGUUUACUCUUAAAACGCACAUGAGAGUCCACACAGGAGAGAAGCCAUUUGGUUGUGAAGACUGUGGGAAAACAUUUAGUCGUAACACUCAUCUUAAGAAUCACAUGCGAGUACACACACAGGAGAAACCAUUUAGUUGUGAUUCUUGUGGAAAGACAUUUAAAUUUAAGUAUAGUUUUAAAGUACACAUGAGGGUCCACACAGGCGAGAGACCUUUUGGCUGUAGUGUUUGUGGUAAAGGGUUUACAGAACAUGAAGGUCUGAAAAGACACAUGAGAAUCCACACAGGGGAGAAACCAUUUGGUUGUGAUAUAUGUGGGAAAAGAUUUGGACACCAGAAUGCUCUUAAAAGACACACCAGCGUCCACACAGGUGAGAAACCGUUUGGAUGCGAUAUAUGUGGAAAACGAUUUAACCGCAGCACACGAUUUAAGGAGCACUUAAGAGGCCACACGGGAGAGAAACUGUUCGGCUGUGACGAGUGUGGGAAAACAUUUAGUUCCAAUACACGACUUAAGAGACACAUGAGCAUCCACAGGAGAGACAAACAGUUUUUGUGUGGCGUUUGUGGUGAAAAAUGUUCAACAUCUGAACAGCUGAAGCAGCAUGAAAGUUCACACAUGUUACUGCAGAUAGAUACUGUAACACUGUAGGUUUUGUUGUGAAGUGUAUUUGUAUUAUUAACAAGCUUUACUUUUCUGCCCUCAUGUUUGUCUUCAUUGUACUUAAAAAAUAAACCAAAAACUAUC